AUGGGCCAAGGCUACUCCCUCACCACCCUUUCAGCGGGGUCUGCGGGGAUCGAUGUACCAGAGCUCUCCGAUUUGGUAUAUGAGAAGUCUAUGGGUGGGGGCAGAUUCAUGAAGAGCAUCCGAGCCAGGCAACAAAAUGGCCUGGUCUUUGUUAAGUUGAUCAUGAAGCCGUAUUCGACGAUGCAGCUGGAACCAUAUGUUAAAGCAAUAAUUCGCGAACGCAAGCUCUUGACAGACGUCCCGAAUGCAUUGAGCUAUGAGAGGGUUCAGGAGACUAGUACCAGUGGGUAUUUGGUCCGUCAGUACAUCCAUAGCUCCCUCUACGAUAGGAUGAGCACCCGGCCAUUCCUAGAAAACAUUGAGAAGAAAUGGAUCGCCUUCCAGCUGUUAUGUGCAUUGCGGGAUUGUCAUGCCCAAGAUGUUUUUCACGGUGAUAUCAAGACCGAAAACAUUCUCGUCACAUCAUGGAAUUGGCUCUAUCUUUCCGACUUUUCUUCCUCUUUCAAGCCAACUUUUCUCCCAGAGGAUAACCCAGCGGACUUUUCUUUCUACUUUGAUAUCUCAGGUAGGCGGACUUGCUAUUUAGCCCCUGAACGAUUCCUAGUCACUGGAGAAGAGCCAGGCAACCGUCAUGUCAACUGGGCCAUGGACAUUUUCAGCGCGGGUUGUGUGAUUGCAGAGCUAUUUCUGGAGUCGCCAAUCUUUACCCUGAGUCAAAUGUACAAGUACCGAAAGGGCGAAUAUAGCCCAGAGCACAGCCAGCUUUCAAAGAUCGAUGAUCUAGAAAUCCGAGAGCUCAUCCUACAUAUGAUUCAACUGGAACCAGAGUCUCGGUACUCUGCCGAAGAGUACCUCAACUUCUGGAAGAACAAAGCAUUUCCUGAAUACUUCUACAACUUUCUGCAUCAAUACAUGUCUCUUAUGACUGACCCAACCUCUGGAAGGACAAAGGUGGACACGGAAACAGCCAACCGAGGUGAGACAGACGAACGCAUCGAACGGGUCGGCUUGGACUUUGACAAGAUAUCCUACUUCCUUGGUAUCUCGCCGAAUUCGUCUGUGGAAAAUACCUCUCGUCCGAUUGCCGCCUCUCGACUUACCGGCAACAUUCUCCCAGUGAAACUUGAUUUGCCCGAGGGUGAUAAGAAUCAAGUCUCAGUCGCCUCUUCUCGACCACAGUCUGAGGAAGGCGUUUUGAUCUUCUUGAGUUUGAUAGUGUCUAACCUACGAACAACAUCAAAAGCCUCGGCUCGUGUAAAAGCCUGUGAUAUUCUGCUUGCCUUUGCAGAGAGGCUUUCGGACGAGGCAAAGCUUGACCGUGUGCUUCCGUAUAUCAUGGUUCUUUUGACUGAUCGUGCCGAUGCUGUUAAAGUGGCAGCGAUCCGCACUUUGACGCAAUUACUGGAGAUGGUUCACGUAGUCUCUCCUGUGAACGCCUAUUUAUUCUCUGAAUACAUUUUCCCGCGCCUGCAACCGUUCAUUAUCUCUCCUAAGAGCAAUCCGAGCCCGAUGGUUCGCGCCGCAUAUGCCUCGUGCAUCGCAUCAUUAGCACAGUCAUCUUUGCGGUUUUUGGAUAUGAUUCAAGCAUUGCGGUCGGAUAUUCGUUUAACCUCUCUCAUUCCAGUCGGUUCUGAACCACGGUGGACUGAGGAUGCUACCUAUCAUAAUCUCUAUGAUGUGGCUCGAGUCGAUCUUCUGGAGUACUUUGAAGUGCAUACCAAGGCGCUUCUAACUGACACGGACAUAUCGGUUCGCCGGGCCUUUUUGGGCUCGGUGUCCAGCCUCUGUGUAUUUUUUGGCCACGUGAAAGCCAACGAGGUCAUAUUAAGUCACCUGAAUACUUAUCUCAAUGAUCGAGAUUGGAUCUUAAAGUGCGCCUUCUUUGAGACUGUAGUUGGCGUCGCCGCAUAUGUCGGAAGCACCAGCUUGGAGCAGUAUAUUCUGCCUCUCAUGGUCCCAUCCAUGACCGAGCCCGAAGAAUUUAUCGUGGAGAAGGUGAUUCGCUCUCUUGCAUCUAUGGCUGAUCUCGGGCUAUUUCAACGGUCCACAACAUGGGAUCUCCUCCAUAUUGUCAUUGGAUUCGUAGUCCAUCCAAAUAUCUGGAUUCGUGAAGCCACAGUUAACCUAGUGGUGAAAUCCGCAAAAUUUCUCUCAGUCGCGGACAUUUAUUCCAUACUCACCCCUCUCAUCAGUCCAUUUCUCAGGGUUAAAAUCAUGAAUUUCUCAGAAGGAGAUCUCCUUGAUGCUCUCAAACGACCCAUGUCACGAACCAUUUACGAUAUGGCGUUUCUUUGGGCUUCCAAAGCCGAGAGGGGAAUAUUUUGGAGAUCUGCCAGUCGUGAUGUUUUCACUCUCUCUGAGCCUGGAAGUCAGAGCCUUCGUGUAGGGCGAAGUUUCAGCCCGUCGUUAAGCUCACAGCCCAGAAACGAUGAGGAUGAACAGUGGUUAUCUCGAAUGCGAAAUCUUGGGAUGACGUCAGAGGAUGAAUUCAAGUUUCUCGCCCUUAAAGACUAUAUUUGGAGAGUCUCCCAGCGGCAAACGAGAGGGGCUAGUGGUGAUUCUACUCUGGCAUUGAACGACAUUAUUAGUUUGACACAACAUGGCGUCACCCCUCAAACUGUGUUCUUCGAUAAGAACCUGAAUGAAAAGUCACGGAAUACAUCAUUGGAUAGAAACACCAGUCGCAGUCGUACUCCUCUCGAUGAUCAAAGACCAAGGACUAUCGCAGAUGCAUUGCUCGAUGCAUCGACGACUAUUGAGCGCGCGGGGAGCGGUUCACGGAAACACCUUCGGACACGAAGUCAGCUUCACAAGAAAAUCGAAAUUCCACAUGCGCCUCCAGGCCGCCUAGAAAACAUUGGAGUGGAUUCUUCUUCUACUUCUCCUGCAGCAUCCUCUCCUGCAGCAGGCCCGGGAUCCCGUCCAUUGUCUCCGCCGAGCUCAGAUAUUGACCGCACCGCCGGUCUUCCCGGUCGUCGGCUAAGUUCUGGCCAAGAGAGCUCCUCAACAACCCCUGCUAAUGCGGACACCUUAUCAUUAAGAGGUCAUCCCGAUCACGUUCGACGAAAAUCCAGCGCUAUCAAUCUUCUUGGUCGCAAUGAAACGGCAAAGGCGUACGCUGAAACGAGCACAAGCUCCGCAAAUGCAUUUGGAAAGGUAGAUGCACCCGUCCAGAGGGGAGGAACGCCUCAACCAUCCGCUCUCUCUCACGCGUAUGAACGCAAACCCAUUCAGGCUGUCGCAGCCUCUCGACGCUAUCGAGCAAAUCAUUCAUAUGCGGGCGAUGAUCCCGUGGUUUUGCGACUCUUGGACAACGUCUUUGCGGAGAAUUACCCCACAGAUCUGUUCGACCUAGGGCCUUAUGUGAAAGAGCUAGAUCCUAAAUUACCUAUUCUCAAGCCUAACACGCAAGAUAUCAACCAACUUUGGAAACCCGAAGGGAACCUAGUGGCUACCUUUGGCGAACACAGUGCGCCUGUGAAUCGGAUCGCUGUGCCACCCGAUCACUCGUUUUUCGUGACUGCCUCUGAUGACAGCUCAGUAAAGAUCUGGGACACUACUCGUCUAGAACGGAAUUUGACCCCCCGGUCCCGCCAAACUCAUCGCCAUGCACCAGGCGCUCGGAUCAAGGCAUUGACAUUUGUCGAGAACACCUAUACUUUUGUCAGUGGCGCAACGGACGGUAGCAUUCAUGCUGUCAGAGUGGACUACCAAAAGGUCAAUGAAACCGCUCGCUAUGGGAAGCUUCAGCUGGUUCGCGAGUAUCAACUGCCCACAAGCGAAAGUGGAUUACAGGAGUAUCCAGUCUGGAUGGAACAUUUUCGAGAUGAGGGCCAAUCGACCCUACUUAUUGCGACCAACACAUGCCGAAUCCUUGCGCUGGACAUGAAGACUAUGCUACCGAUUUACUCUCUAGAGAACCCAGUGCACCACGGAACACCGACCACCUUCUGUUGUGACCGACGACAUACCUGGCUGCUCGUCGGCACAACCCAUGGGAUUCUCGAUUUGUGGGAUCUUCGAUUUCGUGUCCGAUUGAAGGCUUGGGGUGUUCCAGGAUGGGGGUCUAUUCAUCGAGUCCAGCUCCACCCUAUCAAAUCACGCGGACGCUGGGUUUGUGUUUCCAGCAGCGGUAGCCACGGAAAUGAGAUCACUGUGUGGGAUAUUGAAAAGUUUCGCUGCCGUGAGGUCUACCGGGCUGUCUCGUCAAAUAUCCAGGAGGGCCCCACCUCCAAUGGAGCCGCGACUGCCCAUCAUCGCAGCUCCCGGCCUUCCGCCAAUACCCGUCCGCAUCGUGUCAGUGCAAGGGAUUUCGAGGCGUGGCCUGUAGAUGAAGACCGGCCAGAGGGCAUGCUGAGCCGUUUUGCUACUGCCAGUCCCGCCGCAGCGGGCAUUGAAGCAGGCCCUGGUCCUAAUGGCUCUUCAGCUCCCCCGAAUAAUCCAUCCAGUGAUCGCAUGGGCACUUGGGCGUUCGUCGGGGGCCUCAAUCCCCCCAACGAAGACAAACCGUCCUCCAACAGUAGCAGUAAAUUCGGAUUCCUCGUCUCUGCGGGGAGCGACCGCAAAAUUCGCUUCUGGGACCUAGCCCGCCCGGAAGGAUCAUUGAUUGUGAGCGGAUUAGACACUGUUUCGAACGGGCAGGCCACGGGCAAGCCACACUACGAGGUCACCCAGCCAAGCCCCAAUCUGAUUGUUGCCACCGAACACCUGUCCCGCGCCUCGAAUACCGGGAGCGCGGCGGCGACUGCAGGCUCGAAGAAGAGCGGCGCCAGUUCACGGCCACCCCGCACCACCGUGAUUAGCCUCCAGCAGCAGAUGCUUCUCAAGAGCCAUUUGGAUAUUAUUCAGGAUGUCGCGGUGCUGCGACAGCCGUAUGGGAUGAUUGUGAGUGUGGAUCGCGCUGGCAUGGUGUAUGUGUUCAAAUGA